UUAGCGGUCGAGGUGUCAGUAAAGUGUUAUCCUGUGAGCGAAACCCGGGCAGCAACGAUGGUGAAGACCGUGGGAAACUUGGAAGAAUUUAAAUCUGAAUUGAAAUCUGCUGGUGCUAAGCUUGUAGUUGUUGACUUCUCGGCCACAUGGUGUGGACCAUGCAAAAUGAUCAAACCUUUUUUUCAUAGUCUUUGUGAGAAGUUCCCAGAUGUAGUGUUUCUUGAAGUUGAUGUGGAUGAUGCUCAGGAUGUGGCUUCAGAGUGUGCAGUCCAGUGCAUGCCAACAUUCCACUUCUACAAGGAAGGCAAAAAGGUGCAGGAAUUCUCUGGAGCAAACAGAGAGAAGCUGGAAGAGACUAUUGUCAAGCUACGCUGAUCGAACCGUGUGAACAGUUAAUGUUGACUAUAUAUAGCUUGUAACUUUUUCUACUUAUGGAGUCUAAUCAAGUUAGCUAAAUAUGUAUCCAAAAAUUUUGUCCCUUCAGACUGUAAAUGAGUACAAUAAAAUGUAAAUUCUUCACUU